CUCGUCUCCGAAACGCCAUGUUCAACUCGAUGACCCCACCACCAGUCAGUAGCUAUGGCGAGUCCUGCUGUCUCCGUCCCCUCCCCAAUCAGGGAGUCCCCACCAUGGGGACAGAAGGACUCUCUGCUCUGCCCUUCUGCCACCAGGCCAACCUCAUGCCUGGCCCCCACAGUUAUGGGCCAGCCAGAGAGACCAACAGCUGCGGUGAGGCCCCCCUCUUUCCUCCUUCCCGGAGUGCAGUCAAAUUGACCAAGAAGCGGGCACUGUCCAUCUCUCCUCUGUCUGACACCAGCCUGGACCUGCAGACCGUUAUCCGCACAUCACCCAGCUCCCUCGUAGCCUUCAUCAACUCACGCUGUGCAUCUCCAGGGGGAUCCUAUGGUCACCUCUCCAUCGGCACCAUGAGCCCAUCUCUGGGAUUCCCACCCCAGAUGAACCACCAAAAAGGAACUUCGCCUUCCUUCGGGGUCCAGUCCUGUGGUCCCCAUGACCCCACCCAGGGCGGCAUGAUGUCACAUGCUCAGUCCCGGGGACCCCUCCCAACUUGCCAGCUGAAGUCUGAGCUGGAUAUGCUGGUGAGCAAGUGCCCGGAGGAGGCCCUGGAGGGGGACAUGUCCAGCCCCACCUCCACAGGCACACAGGACCCGCUGCUGGGGAUGCUGGAAGGGCGGGAGGAGCUGGAGCGAGAGGAGAAGCCCGAGCCCGAGUCCGUGUACGAGACCGACUGCCGCUGGGAUGGCUGCAACCAGGAGUUCGACUCCCAGGAGCAGCUGGUGCACCACAUCAACAGCGAGCACAUCCACGGGGAGCGGAAGGAGUUCGUGUGCCACUGGGGUGGCUGCUCGAGGGAGCUGAGGCCCUUCAAAGCGCAGUACAUGCUGGUGGUCCACAUGCGCAGACACACAGGGGAAAAGCCACACAAGUGCACGUUUGAGGGGUGCCGGAAGUCAUACUCCCGCCUGGAAAAUCUGAAGACACACCUGCGGUCACACACGGGGGAGAAGCCAUACAUGUGUGAGCAUGAGGGCUGCAGCAAAGCCUUCAGCAACGCCAGUGACCGAGCCAAGCACCAGAACCGGACCCACUCCAAUGAGAAACCCUACGUGUGCAAGCUCCCUGGCUGCACCAAGCGCUACACAGACCCCAGCUCGCUCCGCAAACACGUCAAGACAGUGCAUGGGCCUGAUGCCCACGUGACCAAGCGGCACCGAGGAGAUGGUCCCCUGCCCCGGGCACCGUCCCUUCCCACGGUGGAACCCAAGAGGGAACGCGAUGGAGGCUCUAUUCGGGAGGAAAGCAGACUGGCAGUGCCGGAAGGGGCCAUGAAGCCACAGCCUAGUCCCGGAGCCCAGUCUUCCUGCAGCAGUGACCACUCUCCAGCGGGCAGCGCAGCCAAUACAGACAGCGGAGUGGAAAUGACCGGAAACGCGGGGGGCAGCACGGAGGACCUGUCCAGCCUGGACGAGGGGCCUUGCAUGACUGGCAACGGACUGUCCACUCUUCGUCGCCUCGAGAACCUCAGGCUGGACCAGCUCCACCAACUCCGGCCAGUGGGGCCCCGGGGUCUCAAACUGCCCAGUCUGACCCACACGGGCACCCCCGUGUCCCGCCGGCUGGGCCCCCCAGCCUCCCUGGACCGUCGCAGCAGUAGCUCCAGCAGCGUCAGCUCUGCCUACACCGUUAGCCGCCGUUCGUCCUUGGCCUCGCCUUUCCCGCCGGGCUCCCCGACAGAGAAUGGGCUCUCCUCUCUGCCUGGCCUCACCCCUGCCCAGCACUACCUGCUCCGGGCCCGCUAUGCAUCAGCCAGGGGAGGCGGGACCCCACCCACAGCAGCACCCAGCCUGGAUCGGAUGGGGGGUCUUCCUGCCCCUCCCUGGAGAAGCCGAGCUGAGUACCCAGGGUACAACCCCAACAUGGGUGUCACCCGGAGGGCCAGUGACCCAGCCCGGGCUGCUGACCGCCCUGCCCCCGCCCGAGUCCAGCGGUUCAAGAGCUUGGGAUGCGUCCACACAACCCCUAAUAUGGCAGCAGGGGGACGGAAUUUUGAUCCGCAACUUCCAACCUCUGUCUACUCGCCACAGCCCCCCAGUAUCUCUGAGAAUGUCACCAUGGAUAGCCGAGGGCUGCGGGAGGAGUCAGGGGCUGCAGCCUCGAUGAUGGGGAGUCUAAACCCCUACGUGGACUUCCCACCCACUGAUCCCCUGGGGUACAGGGGACCUGAGGGGGCAGCGGCUGAGCCUUAUGGAGCUAGGGGUCCAAGUUCCCUGCCCGUGGGGCCCGGCCCACCCACCAGCUAUGGCCCCAGUCCCUGUCCCCAGCAGCUCCCCUAUCCUGACCCCACCCCAGAAACAUGGGGUGACUUCCCUUCCCACCCUGGGCUGUACCCAGGCCCCAAGGCUGCCACAGGCGCCUACAGCCAGUGUCCCCGUCUUGAACAUUACGGACAGGUACAGGUCAAGCCCGAACAGGGAUGUCCAGCAGGCUCUGAUACCACCGCACUGGCACCCUGCCUCAAUGCCCAUCCUGGAGAGGGCCCUCCACACCCACAGCCUCUAUUCUCCCACUACCCACAGCCGCCCCCUCCGCAGUAUCCCCAGUCAGGCCCCUACCCCCAACCCCCUCCUGAAUAUCUUCCUUCUGAACCCAGGCCGGGGCUGGAUUUCGAGUGUCCCGCUCAGUCCACGGGCCAGCUCAAGGCCCAGCUUGUGUGCAACUAUGUCCAGUCACAACAAGAGCUGCUGUGGGAAGGGGGAGGCCGGGGAGAUCCCUCAGUCCAGGAGCCUCUCUACCAGAAUCCCAAGUUUCUGGGGGGCUCCCAGAUUAGCCCCAGCCCUGCCAAGGCCCCAGUGGCCACCUAUGGACCUUCCUUUGCCCCUGGCUUGCCCAACCACAAGGCGGGCUCCUAUCCUGCCCCUUCAGCGUGCCAUGAAAAUUUUACAGCGGGAGCAAACAAGGCUUCCCACAGGGCUGUGCCCCCACCCCGACUUCUGCCCCCACUGCCCACUUGCUAUGGUCCCCUGAAGGCUGGGGGCACCAAUCCUAGCUGUGGCCAUCCAGAGGUGGGCAGGCCGGGGGCGGGCCCUGCUCUGUACCCGCCUCCGGAAGGACAAGUUUGUAACCCCUUGGACUCUCUGGACCUUGACAACACUCAGCUGGACUUUGUGGCUAUUUUGGAUGAGGCCCCAGGACUGAGUCCUCCCCAUUCCCAUGACCCAGGGGACAGCUCUGAGCACACCCCUCCUCCCCCUGGGGCCCCCAACAUGGCCGUGGGCAACAUGAGUGUCUUAUUGGGAUCCCUGCCCGGAGAGACACAAUUCCUCAAUUCCAAUGCCUAGGAAGUGGGGGAACCCCACCCAUCACAGACUGACUUUUCUCGCAAGGGGGUUCCACAAGCCCAGAGA